AUGAAAGGGAAGUUUCUAAAUGCAUGCUUCACAAAAUGGAGGAAGAUGGGGAAUAGUGUCAUACCUUGUAGCAGUUGCGAGUGCUGUUAUCAGUGGGCAAAGUGGCCGAGUUGCAUGCACGAAGGAAGCUCGAUACCUCAAGAUGUGCCAAAGGGUCACUUAGUGGUGUAUGUUGGUAACAAGUAUAAGAGGUUUGUGAUAAAAAUCACGUUGCUUAAGCACCCACUAUUCAAGGCAUUGCUGGAUCAAGCUCGGGAUGAAUAUGAUUUCAACAAUGAUUCCAAACUCUGCAUUCCAUGUGAUGAAAGCCUCUUCCUCGAUGUUGUUCGACGUGCGGGCUUUCCGCCACAUCAAACACCAUCUCUGCGUCUUUAGGAAUUCAUUCUAGAAAUGUGAUUAAUAUUCACCAAGUUUGACUCCAACUGAGAACGCCAAUAUGUAGUAUACAAAAUAGAUUUUU